GUGGAGAACAAUGGAGGGCAGACUGAGAAGAGUGAGAAUUAGAGGAGGGCGAGGAAGAGGAAGAGGACGAGGACGUGAAGGAGCAGGUGGAAGAGGAGGAGGACAAAGACUAGGAGGUGAAUUUAGAGGAAGAGGACAAGGAGGUGAAGAGGAAGGAGGAAGGAUAAGAAGAAUCAGAAUUCCUGAUGACAUCAGAGCAACAAUAGUAGACCAUGUAAUCAACCAUGGAAUGACCCUAAGGGAAGCUGGCCAACGGGUUCAGCCUAACCUCAGCCGCUACACUGUAGCAAGUAUCAUAAGGACAUUUCGAAAUGAGAAUCGAGUUGCUAGAAAUCCAGCAUCUGGGGGCAGACAAAGAAUGUUCACUGAAGAACAAGAGACUCAUAUAGUCAAUAUGGUGUUGGCCAAUAAUUCCAUUAGGCUGCGAGAAAUACAGCAGCGCAUAAUAGAGGAUACCAUCACAUUCCAAAACAUAAACAACGUGAGCAUCUCUGCAUUAUCUCGUGUACUGGCACGAAAUAGAAUAAGAAUGAAACAAAUUUACAGAGUCCCUUUUGAAAGAAACAGUGAGCGCAUAAAACAACUGCGAUAUGAAUAUGUUCAGGUAAGCUAUAAUAUCAUUGGUACUGAAUGUGGAAGUCCAUCCUGUAGUGCUGUGUAUGAACCUGCUGUGCUGCAUUUGUUUUGUCUUUUCCAGAGAGUGAUGGAGCUAGAGGCAGAUGCCAUGGGUCAUGAACUGAUUUAUGUAGAUGAGGCAGGUUUUAACCUAACUAAAACAAGGAGACGUGGCAGGAACCUUAUUGGACAACGUGCUAUAAUCAAUGUGCCAGGACAGCGUGGUGGUAAUAUAACUAUGUGUGCAGCUAUGAGUCAAAAUGGUGUUGUGCACCAUCAUGCAAUCCUGGGCCCAUAUAACACUGCACACAUUAUUACAUUCCUGGAUACCCUAUAUCAUACACUCACUAAUGUUCAGAGAGCAGAGCAGAUGAGAUAUGUUAUCAUAUGGGACAAUGUUAGCUUCCAUAGGGCUGCUUUGGUCCGCAACUGGUUCACAGAUCACCAACUCUUUACUGUACUAAACCUCCCCCCAUAUUCUCCAUUCCUGAAUCCAAUCGAAGAAUUCUUCUCUGCCUGGCGCUGGAAGGUCUAUGACCGUCAUCCCCAUCAGCGCAUGGCUCUUUUACAGGCAAUGGAAGAGGCAUGUGAGGAUAUUGACCAGGCAUCAUGUCAGGCCUGGAUACGGCACUCAAGAAGAUAUUUUCCACGGUGCCUUGGACAAGAAGACAUUGCUUGUGAUGUCGAUGAAAUUCUGUGGCCGGACCCAGAAAGACGACAUGAUUGAUAUUUUUUCUCUCUCUCUCUUUCAGUGAAAUUGUAUGUUUUUUUGUGCUUCGUUUUGAUAUGUAUGAAUAAACAUUCAUACUUACAGUAAGUAAAAUUUGAAUCCUUGUGUGUUUGUAUGACAAAAUUAUGUCAAAAGUAUUACUUCAAAUUCACCUACCUUGUGCACAGAGAAAGCAAAAGCCAGAUG